AUGUUUUCAUUUACAUAUCCAAUACUCCCACCAGAGCCGACUGUAACUCGUAUGAUCCGCCUGUUGCCGGAUGAGGACAAUGACGCCCUAAUCAAGUGCACGCUGUUCAAUUAUACCCUGGCCAGGGAAUGCAAGCGCAGAGGCAACAACCUCUACGAGGCCCUAUCCUACGUCUGGGGAAGUGGUGUCAAAUCUGAAUCAGUCAUAUUGGAUGGCUCUCCUUACCUUGUUACAAAAAGUCUUCAUGCGGCGCUAUUGUACCAUCGAGACUGCCAACUUGAUAGAAUAUUGUGGAUUGAUGCGUUAAGUAUCAACCAAGAGGACGCAGAUGAGAAAAGCCGACAGAUUCCACUCAUGCGAAUGAUAUAUGCCCAGGCAAGCUGCGUCAUUGUCUGGCUUGGAGAGGCUACAAAAGAACGCGAUGGAGGGCUUGAAUAUAUUCGCCAUAUCUCAGAAGAUAAGGUGCUCCAGGAAGUCGGUGUUGCACGGUGUAUUACUGUCAUGUGUGGCUCUGUCCCGAUAAAUGGACACACCUUCUGUGAGGGCAUUGGCCAAUUGGAGCUUCCUACCCAUAUACAACGCGUUACUUAUCCAGUCGCUCGUCUCAUGAAAGGGGCGAUAUUUCGCUCAAUAUAUGAUGUUAAUUCAUGCGGUGACAUUUGUCUAGCUACCAGCAAGCAUGACAAGGUGUAUGCUUUACUGGGACUUAGUUCCGAUGAUCCUAACACACCCUCUCUGAAACCAAACUAUAACCUCCCAUGGAUCGAGGUUUAUAGGCAGACUGCUUCAUAUAUAUUCCCAGGAAACUGUUCUGUGGAGACUUGGCCUGACAGGGACGCGGCCAUUAUUCAGGGUAAGGGAUGGGUCUUAGCUCGGAUUGACUCUGUCCACGAGGUCAUUAAUGAGCACGGCCAUCAAUUCAUUCAGAUCCUGUAUACUGAUAAUACUCAGUCACGGCAUUAUCAGUCUAUAUGGGGCAACGAGUGGACACUACCGGCUUCUGCAGCAUCAAUUCAAGAAGGUGAUCUGAUUUGUCUUCUGGAAGGCGCCUCGUGUCCGAAUAUCAUCAGACUGUGCAGAGACUAUUUUAUACUGCUCCAAAAAUUGACCUGGGGGGGGGGAUUCCCCAGCUACGAUAUUCUUCUAUUGUGGGAAAUAUCCCCGAACGGUGCCGGAAGCUUGGAUGAUCCCCAAAAUUCAAUAGAACUCAACAUUAGAGUACCAGAACUCCAAGAAACACCCCAGGAGGUCGAAAGGCGGUUAGCUGAUUUGGCAGUUAUUAUGGAGGAGAUUGUCAGAGCAAUUUUAAGGCCAGGAAUCUCCAGAGCUCGGGCGAUAGAGCGAUUACUUUGUCAGAGUGGAGCAGGUAUUGCAAUUAUGGAAGGAUUGGUCAAAAAUGCGGCAGCACAUCCUGAACCCGAUGCAUAUAUGAUUAUGGAACUGCUAUUCCAAUACUAUGGUCUAAGUUUACCGAUCCCACAAGGAGUGGUCAGGUCAGCAGCAGGGAAUACCGGUUCCUGUGGUCUCAAAAUCAUGGAGCUCUUAUUUCAACACACCAAUCUACCGGUCUCUGAAGAAGUUGUUCAAGAAGCUGCUAGGAAUACUGGACAUAAUGGAUAUGUGAUUAUAAAGAUCCUCUGUCGACACCUAGAAGCAAGCCUGCCAAUCUCUGAAAGGGUGGUCAAGGCAGCAGCCGAGAACACUGGAGUUUAUGGGUAUCGAAUGAGAGAAGUUCUCUCGCAGCAUCUGGCAACGAACCCUACAGUGAUUCAGCAACGCAGUAGAUGA